AUGGCAUCGUCAGUCUCGAACCGUGCAAUCUUCCUGGUGGCAGCGGCUAUACCAUAUGCCCUCGAAAUUUUGACUCCAGGACAUCUGUACCAUGAUUCGAAAUGGCAGACCGCAAUAGUUGCAUUCCUGGCGGUAUUCAUACCAAGGUUCAUGUGGUUGAGCAUCAUCUAUCCCUUCUACUUCAGUCCCCUCCGCCACUUGCCACAGCCCAAGCAGAACUCCCUUCUUUUUGGCCAAAUGUACCGCAUCUUGACUGAAUCCAUUGGAAGCCCCCAAAGUCAAUGGAUGCGAGAGAUCCCUAACGAUGGCCUCAUCUACUACAGGACUCUGUUCAACACCGAGUGGCUUAUUCUAACGAGUCCCAAAGCACUCUCAGAUGCCUUGACCACGAAAAGUUAUGAUUUGAUAAAGCCGCCGAUCAUCGUUGGCAGUCUGGCUCGUAUCUUGGGUGCUAGUGGUAUCCUUCUGGUGGAGAAUGAAGAGCACAAACAUCAGCGCAAGAACCUUCUCCCGGCUUUCCAAUAUCGCCACAUUAAGAAUCUCUACCCACUGUUCUGGAACAAGGCCCGAGAUAUGAUCUUGGCCAUUGACAAGGAGCUGUCUGACAAGAAGAAGAGCGGUGGAUCAGAUCCUUCCAAUAUCGUAAGUGUGGAUCAUUGGACCUCGAGAGCAACCUUGGAUAUCAUCGGUCUUGCUAGCAUCGGCCAGUCUUUCAAUGCCAUCGAGGACGAGACGAACAAACUAUACCAAAGCUACCAAACCAUCUUCGCUCAAGAUCGUCAAGCACGUAUCCUCGGAGUUCUCAAUACUUUCUUCCCAUUCUGGUUGGUCAGGAAGCUGCCUUUCCCUCGCAACUACCAAAUCGUCAAGGCACAAAGCAUGCUACAGAAAAUGUGCUUAGAUCUGAUCGGCCAAAAGAGAGCGAAGUCAGCCGCUACCGAGAGAGAAGGGUCAAAGGAGAUCGUCGACGACAUUGAUAUCCUCGGCAUCGCUUUGAAGAGUGGAGGGUUCAGCGACCAAGGGAUCAUUGACCAGCUUAUGACUUUCCUCGCAGCCGGUCACGAAACCACGGCGACUGCGAUGACAUGGGCCUUGCUAGCACUCUGCAAACAUCCCGACGUCCACAAGAAGCUACGCGAAGAACUGCAGGCUGCUAACCUCCCCAACAUCAGAGACACCGAAAGCCAGAUCUCGGCAGAGCAGAUUGACCAGAUCGCGUACCUUCAAGCCGUUAUGAACGAAGUGCUCAGAGUCUAUACGCCCGUACCGGCGACCUUCCGUGUUGCUCAACGAGACACCACAAUCUGCAACCAGUUUGUUCCCAAAGGCACAAUGGUCCUCACUUCCUCUGUCGGAACAAACCAUCUGUCAACACUCUGGAGCGACGACUGUGAUGGCUUCAAUCCCGACAGAUGGCUUGACGAAAGUGGCAGAGCGAAUACUUCAGGAGGCGCUGAGAGCAAUUACGCAAACAUGACAUUUUCACAUGGUCCUCGUGGUUGCAUUGGUGCGAGCUUUGCGAAGGGGGAGUUUGCUUGUCUGUUGGCGGCCUGGGUUCUGGCUUACGACAGUGUUCUCGUGGAUGAGAACAUGAAGGUCGGAACAACUCCUGGAAUCGUUUCGAGAAUUAAGGAUGGUCUUGAUGUCAAGCUCACGCCUUUGAAAGCUUGA